CUCCUCUUCCUACGCUAAAAAAUAAAUAAAUAAAUAAAAAUCCAUCAAUCUCUAAAUUUAGCCCAAUUCCUCCUCCUAUAUUCUCUCUAUUCCUCGAUUUUCAUCGCGCAUUUCUCUGAACAACAAGCUACCAAUUCCACCAAAGAAAAUGGCUUCUCCGUCUCCUCCGAUACUACCCAUCUCCAACCCCCCACAUACCACUGCCCCCACCGCUGCAUCAGCCCAGUCGCAGCCUCCCAUCGCUACUCCUGCCUUCCGCGCCUUCAUCAACCAAAUCUCCGAGUCUGUCCGCCAUGGCCUGUCCCAGCGUCGGCCCUGGGCGGAACUCGUCGACCGCAACGCCUUCUGCAAACCUGAAUCCUUCUCUGAGGCUGCUCUACGUGUCCGCAAGAAUUAUUCCUACUUCCGCGUUAAUUACUUGACCGUCAUUGCCCUCAUCUUGGCUUUCUCUUUGCUUUCCCAUCCCUUGUCACUCUUGCUCCUUCUUGUACUCCUGGCCUCUUGGCUAUUUCUCUAUCUUUUCCGCCCUUCUGAUCAGCCUCUCGUUCUCUUUGGCCGUACCUUCACCGAUCGUGAAACCCUCGGGUUGCUUAUUGUCUUCAGCGUGGUUGUGGUUUUCCUCACCAGCGUUGGAUCUGUUCUUAUAUCGGCUCUCUUGGUGGGAUUGGCCAUUGUUUUUGCUCAUGGUUCGUUUAGGGAUCCUGAGGAUCUUUUCUUGGAUGAGCAAGAGCCUGCUGCUACUGGAUUACUGUCAUUCCUCGGUGGUGCCGCCUCCAAUGCCGCCGCUGCUGCUGCUCCUGUGGUUGCCGCGCGCGUUUAAGGAUAAGAUUUGAUGUGAUUUUCGGGAUCGAGUAAACAAUAUAAUAGUGUUUUGAUUAAUUCAAUUUUUUAGCUUUUGGACCUUUUCAUUGAAAAUUAGGGUGAUUUUGAUGAAAUUUGUAUGGAUCUAUAAUGUUUUGUAUGUGAUUUUAUAUUCUAUUCUUGAGUCUAUAAAAUUUUCAAUUUGUAGGAUGUAUUUUAGAUGAUACAGCUUGUCAUUGAUUUACACUUCAUUACAAUAAAUUCUUUUUACUUUUAUUUUCUGUA